AUGGCAUUCGGCGAACCCACUCGCGCGCCGAUCACGAAGUUCGCGAAUGCACCUGUCAAACAACAACCUUAUAGACAAAGACAACAAAAUAGGGAAUUCCCGCCAUCGCGGCCUUGGAAUUUUGACGGGCAGACUUGUCGUCAGGAACAAGAUCUGGCAAGAAAGGAGGGCUCUGCGCGUCCAGAUUUCAGGAACAGAGCAGAAACACAAAAUAAUUCUGGAUUUCAGCGAUUUGGUCCGACGCGAGGUCGACAGGCACGACUGCAAGACAACGGCAUCCAGCGAGACUACGACUCCCGCAACCAGGGGCCGAGCACAUCAUUGACGCGGUCCUCUCGACCUCGAGGCUGGGAAGAAAACCAAUCAACAUUCCACUCGGACCCGCCAACACAGGAGACUUUUUCGCUUCAGGAUCCCUCAACCACACCUCACUUCAGGCAUCCGCCGCGCGACGCAGUAGAGGGCGCGCUACUAUCCCAGGAGCGAUUGCCAGCGCAGGCGAGGAAUCCUGACGAGGUGACUGGAAACUUCGAUCUUGCCAGCACAUCUCGACUCGCUGAUUUGGGAAUCUGCGACUACAACUGGCUGAACAAUUGGACGCGCUUGGUUGCAUCUACUUGGAACGGCCAGAGCGACUUCCAGCUUCGAUCCGACCAGAUCGAGGACACGAUAGCUGAAGCCCACGAGCUACUCAUCUCCGAAGAUCUGCUCGGAAGGAGGGUCAUUGAAGUUCUGGACGAUCUCAAAGCGUGGCUCGGUGAGAAAUUCUCCUAUCAGAGAAUAUCAGAUCCAGCAUUAGAUUGUGCAACACGCAGCAUGCCGACCCCAAGCGUGCCCGGAGCGCAAUUGGGCCAAUUUCUGGUGCUUGUCAAUGGCUUCAUCCAGCACAAGAACGAAGAUGGUCUCUCAAAUUGUGUGAGGAUCGAGCCUCCCUUUCUGAAUGAAUACGCCGUCAUGAUCAACGAGCUACACCAGCUGUAUCCAAAAGGAAGUGAGAGUGCUCUUGAGGAUGAGUGUCGGCGAGUCCUGAGUGCAGCACGAGAGGGUGUGGAUGGAAGUGGCACCUGGACACCAUUCAUACUCUUCAUGCUGCAGUAUCUCGUGUACCUCAGGGACUACGAGGACGGUACGGAGCAUAUCUUGGAGACCUUUGAUCGUCUGAGCUUGCUACAAAAACGAGCGAACAGCGCUCUUAACCACACCUUGGGCUAUUUGAUGCUGCAUAUCGUGGUCACCAGUGCUAAAUUCGUCAGCUACCUGGCCAUCACGCUGGACAAGAAUCCACAGAUGGUACGAAAUCGCAACAAGGCCAGUACUCAAGACGAGGGAUCUCAAGCCGAGUCCCUGGCGGAGGGAGCGGUGAACAACCUUCGGGAUGCCUUCAACACUUGCGCAACUGAUCGUCUGGCUCAUGUGGACAGCAAUGGCAAACCAGAUGGUCGGAAAAGAGGAAUCUAUCUCAUCGCCAACAUCUGCCUGAAAAUUCUGUUUCAAUGUCGGAAGACCAACAAUGCCACAACCUUUUUCGACAGCAUCGACACACACUCCCCACCGCUCAGUGCAUAUCCCAAAGCUCAGCGAGUGACAUAUCUCUACUAUCUUGGCCGAUUCCACUUCCAACACAGUCAUUUCUACCGAGCGUAUCUGGCACUACAACAAGCCCACAGUGAGAGUCCCACGAAUGGAACUUGCAUCAGUCAAAGACGGCAGAUCCUCGUCUAUUUGAUGGCCAGCAGCAUCAUUUGUGGCCGCCUGCCGUCAGACACACUAUUCCAGCAUCUCCCCGAAGCGCAGGGAAUGUACGAGCAUUUCGCACCACUCCUAUCGGCAAUCAGGAGUGGAAAUUUGGCAGGAUUCCGACGAGCCAUGGACUUCAACAGUCCACACGCCGCAUUCUUCCUCAAACAUCGCAUCUUCCUCCAACUGCGGAAUCGCUGCGAGGUCCUCGUCUGGCGCAGUCUAGUCCGCAGAACAUGGAUACUCACAGGGACUCGCUUMGAUGCCACAGCUGGUAGCAAUGCACCACUCAUCGAAGGCCACAACUUGGUAAACGCCUUCUACGUCCUCGAGAAGCAAGUCCAAGAUCCCGCAGAGGCGACUCAUAUCAGUUCCGACUUUCACGGGGCAGACAUCGAAGAGGAUGCGGAAGCCCUCCUUCCAAAUACUACCUCUGUGCGAUCGAUUGUUAGCUCGUUGAUUGAACAAGGGCUGAUUCGAGGGUGGUUUGUUGCCAAGUCGGGAAAGUUUGUCAUUACUGGUGUCAAGUCGUAUAACGGCAGUGAGCUUGCGGCAGGCUUCCCUGCGCCGUGGGCGGUAAUCAGCAAUAAGGCUGACAAGAACGUCCCCGGCUGGAAGAGGGAUGAUGGUGGAGGGCAUGGCGGACGUGGGAAAGUUAUUCACUUGACGAGCGCGAGGGCGGUUGGAUCUUGA